CUCCCCCUCCACACGCCACCUCCUUUCUUUUAGACAGACUGUUUUUGCUGCAGUAAACGGUAGCCGUGGAGAGAGAGAGAGGGAACAGCUAGAAAAACAACAAUCCGAAGAAGGAAGGAAAAAGUCAAUAUAGACAGAUCCAGGGAGGCAUCAGAGCAAGCGCCAGUUUUCCUGCAAUACAGGGACCACUUCCAGAACCAACGGCGACAAAUAGCCUAUCCAUUCAGGAUCGAGAAUCCAGAGGCAGGCCUAUUUCGGUAACACUCCGGUGCUCCUCUCCCCCCCGCAGGUAACACUCCGGUGCUCCUCUCCCCUGCACCCUGCCUAAACCUCCUGAUGAUUGAGACGAACCAACCAACCAUGGCAUUCCCUUCUUACCUGGUCCCAAAUCUAUGGACUCUGAGUUUAUUGACACUACUGGCAGCCUCUGUUCAGAGCAACUUCAUUGUCUUUGACGAUGACCCCUUGCAGCCGGUGACCCAGGACGAGACGGCGUCUGUGGGCGGCAUGGUAACCCUGACCUGCCGGGUGGCAGCAAGUGACAACUCCUCCCUGCAGUGGUCCAACACGGCCCAGCAGACCUUGUACUUUGGAGAGAAGAGAGCUCUGAGAGACAACCGUAUCCAGCUCAACCGUUCUACAGGCACCGAGCUGUCCAUCACCAUUGGAAAUGUGCAGCUGUCAGACGAAGGAGAGUACACCUGCUCUAUCUUCACAAUGCCUGUCCGCACUGCCCGCGCCACCGUCACUGUGCUAGGGGUCCCUGAUAAGCCCCAGAUCUCUGGCUAUGAAGACACUGUCCAGGAGGGGGGUAAGGUCACCCUCACCUGCACCAGCUCCGGGAGCAAGCCCCCCGCCAAACUACGCUGGUACAGGAACCAGGAGGAACUUACAGGUCGUCCUGACGUGGUGGAGACUAAUCCAGACGAGGCCACCUACACAGUGAUCAGUGAGCUGACUCUGACGGUGGGUCGUAGCGACGACAACACCCUGAUCGGCUGUGCUGUUGACCACCCUUCUCUGUCCCCGGGUGAGAAGUGGACCGAACAGCCCAUCAGAGUCCUGUUCACCCCAGAUGUCACUAUCCAGCCUCAGAAUGAUCUGCCCAGAGAGGGAGAGAAGUUCAUUAUACAAUGCAUAGGCAAUGGAAACCCAAAGCCCACCUCGUACGUGUGGCAUAAGAAGGAUGGAGAGCUCCCUCUGAUGGCCAAGGUGGAUGGUAGUUUCCUGCUCUUUGAGAUGCUCAACAAAUCAGACAACGGGGUGUACCUCUGUCAGGCUGACAACGGAAUCGGGAAGAUGCAGGGAGAGUACACGCUGCUGGUGCAAGACCUGACAGAUGAUUCAAACAACCUCUUCCCUACCUCUUUCUAUCUACCCUCCUCUUCUCCAACCUCUGACUCCCCCUCUUCCUCUCUCUCUCCUGAUUCUUUCCCCACUCUUAUGUCAACAACGUCUGGGUCUGGCUCGUCUGCCUCCGGGUCCCUACCUGCCAGCUCUCCUCCCACUAUUUUCUCCUUCUCUGUCCCUUACCCGUCUGAUCUCACCUUUCCCCCUUCUUCUUCCUCUUCUUCAUCCCUCUCUACCUCUUCUCUCUCUCCCUCUCCUCCUCCUGUCAAUGUUCUAUCCACCUCUCUUUCCAACUCUCUCUUCCCUGACCUUUCCAUGUCUCCCGAACGCCAUCCCCCCUCCUCUGACUCCUUCUCCCCCUCUUCUUCCUCCUCUUUUUCCUCUCCUCCUGCCAGCGUUACUCCUCCCUCUGUCGCUCCUCCCUCCUCCGACUCCCUCACUCCCUCCUCAGUUACCAUACGGCUGAAUGGAGUUUACAGUUUUACAGGUAAAUUAUCUGUUUACGUACAUACACAGUUGUACCCACACGAACAAACACAUUCAGACCCUAAUUAUAUAAUACAUACCAUUCAACAGAAGCUUUUAACCAAAGCGACUUACAUGAUACGCGUGGGUAGCUCCGGGAAUUGAACCAACAAUUCUGGCAUCACAAGCGCCAUGCUCUACGGGUACAGGUAGAGAGUCAAUGUGCAGGGGCACCGGUUAGUUGAGGUAAUGUGUACAUGAAGGUAGAGUUAUUAAAGUGACUAUGUAUAGAUGAUAACACAGAGAG